UGCUGCUGAGUGCUCCAAGCGUUACGCCUCGAGUAAUUCGAAAAUGGAAGUUGCACUUGUCUCUCGCUCUGCAACAAGAUGGCCUAUUGCAUGCAAUCGAUUCCAAGAGGAGUCUCCCUGCUUCGAUUUAUCUUCAUCAACGGGAAACUUGUCGUACGUGAAGAGCACUCGUGCCCAAUGGCCGAGAGCUUCACCUCCUUUUUCUCUACAUGUCAAAGAAACUCCGCUAAUGAGGGGCCAAAAUGGUUAUUUAGAUCGCAAGAGGGAUCCAUUCAAGGUUUUCUCAAGUCGUACUCAGGAAAUGACUCUGCUCGAGGCAAGGUCAAUGGAUGAAAUUUAUGCUGCACUGGCUGAGCGACUGCUUCCUUCUGCAGCAACCUUAAGUAAUCCUUGUUCAAAGUACAUUGUAGGUGUAGCUGGUUCUCCUGGUUCAGGGAAGUCCACAAUAGCAUCCGAAGUUGUUGACCGUCUAAAUAAGCUUUGGCUCCAAAAAGCGCCUAGGAUGGAUUUACUGGUUGAACCUACUGAUGUGGCCAUAGUUGUUCCCAUGGAUGGGUUUCACCUUUAUCGUUCCCAGCUUGAUGCAAUGGAGGAUCCAAUGGAAGCACAUGCAAGAAGAGGAGCUCCAUGGACAUUUAAUCCAUCUCGACUUCUAAAAUGCCUGAAUACUUUAAGAAGAGAGGGAUCAGUUUAUGUGCCUUCAUUUGAACAUGGCGUUGGAGAUCCUAUAGAAGAUGCUGUUUUUGUGUCUCCUAUGCACAAAAUAGUAAUAGUGGAAGGAAAUUACUUGUUCUUACAAGAUGGGGUAUGGAAAGAGAUCUCUUCUUUAUUUGAUGAAAAAUGGUUUGUUGAUGUGGAUAUCGAUGUUGCUAUGCGGCGAGUUCUGAAAAGACAUAUAUUAAAGGCAGGAAAAGCACCAGAUGUUGCUAAAUGGCGGGUUGAGUACAAUGACAGGCCGAAUGCGGAGCUUAUCGCAAAGACAAAAACAUAUGCAGACAUUAUAAUUCGCUCUGUGGAGUUAGAUAACUAAUUUAUAUUUGCUUGAAAAAAGAUGCAAGUGAAAAUUAGCUAUUUUUGUCGUUGAUUCAUAAGUUUACGAUUGUUACAUUGUAAACAUUCAAAAGCAGUGACAAAUUAAUAAAUCAGUCACUGCUAGAAAUAAGUGUUUUUUUUUUUUUCAAUUUUUUUGGCAUUAUGUAUAUAUGUUCAUGCAUGAUUGACUCUGGAAUUUAUUGGCAUUGGAUCCUAGAAUGUUUUAAUGAA